UUUACUCGCCGAGUUCGACGAGAACGAUGACCGGAUAUUUCUUUCCUGUUCACAACAGAUGGUUGAAAUAACGACCUCACGUCUCAAGGGGGGCGACAGUCACUUUGCAGUGUCCACGAACGCAACCAUUGAACGAAGCUCGGUAUUUUAGCCGAUUAGAAUACGGAUAGCUAGGUUAAUAGUUACUGUCGCCCAUGGACUUCAGCAAUACAGGGGCGUUGUCAUGUACACAGCGACCUGCCACAAAAAAUAUCAGAAGUUUUGCUUUUGACAAUCGACAGCCCUAUUAAUGCGUGCAAAUCCAAUUGCAAAUUAAAACAAGUACUGCUUAUAUAUAGCUUGGCGCUGGUAGCAGCCUCACACGGAAGCUGUGGAGUCAUGGCGCGUGUUACUGCAUUAGGAGUCUUAGUAUUAAUAGCAUCGACCGCAGCGGCACCGGCCCUCCAGCUGUGGCCGAACUGCUUCCAAAGUUGUAACCCGUGUCCGUGCCCAGCCCCGUGCUUCCCAUGCUUAUCUCCAUGCGACGCCCGUCCGCCACCGCGUAAUCCGUGCCCGCAACCGUGCGACCCCUGCCCGCCACCGUGCGACCCAUGCGCCUCGUGCGUUUCGUGUACAUCGAACGCGCCGUGUAACUCAUUUGCCCCAUGCGACUCGUGCGCCCCGCCUUGUGAUCCAUGCAAUCCCUGUGCGUCGCCAUGUGACCCUUGCAGUGUUCCAUGCGAUCCAUGCGACCCGUGCACAAUUCCUUAUGACCCAUGCACACCACCUAGCGACCCUUGCGGAAGCCCUUGCGAUCCCUGCGGCCCACCUAGCGACCCUUGCGGAAGCCCUUGCGAUCCCUGCGCCCCACCUUGUGAUCCCGGCUGCUCCUCGUGCGACCCCUGCGCCCCUUCCUGUGGGUCUGGCUCGGGCAACAACUACGGAACUGAUGCAUUUGCAGCUUCGAACGCUCCCAGCAACCGAGCAUGGCCCGCCACUAAAGCUCAUGGCUUUCCGAAUGUUAUGACACCCAAGAACAUGGUCGUAGAUCGUCUGCAGCAGAUCGGCUUCCAGAAGUUCAGAGUGCCAGGAGGAACUUUCUUCAUAACCUCAUCUCCAGAUAUAAUACUCCAGCCAGCCCCGAUCGUCGUGUAUCCAGCGCAGCAAUCUCCAAUAACGCCCCCGCAAAUAACCGUUCAGCCACCCUCGAUAGCUCCAAUCACGCCCCCGGCUAUAGUAGUCAGGCCACCCUCCCUAGCACCGAUAACACCGCCCCCCGUGCUGGCCAGACCGAAACCUUUAGCCCCUAUAAAUCCCCCAGCUAUCGUGGUACGACCCCCCAAGCCGGCACCCAUAUGUCCCCCUCCUAUAACGAUAACGCAGCAGAAACCUUGCCCCAUCACCCCUCCAGAGAUCAUUAUUAGGCAACCCAAGUAUCCCAUGAUGCAGAUACCACCGAUUCAAAUACCCGCCGGAAUAUUUCGAAGGGCUAACCCUUGUGGGAGCCCCUGCAAUCCCUGCAACCCUUGCAACCCCUGCGCUACUUGCAGCUACUCCUGUCAGUCCUAAGCUCCGGUGAAAGUUACACAAAACGCAACGACAAAACUCACAAAGCUCUCGGAUAACAUUUACGGUUUUUUAAAGGAAAUAAAUAAAAAAACAGUCCUCAAUAAAGAAAGUCUUCUUUGAAGUUCGAAUCUCAGCAGAAGCGAGAAGAAAAUAAUGUUCCGAAUUACAAAAAAAAGGCGUCAAAACAUCUAUACUUCUUGCUUCUCCUAGAAUCAUAUUUCUUAAUGCUGAGGGUCGUGACCAACGCGUCUAUCUCCCUUGCUCUCGCACAAUCUUUCUCUAUCUCUUUCUACACCUCAAACACAGUAUUUAAAAAAAACAAAUAUUUUCUUCUAAAAUUCAGUUACGUCAAUCCAAUUCUUUCGGUGAUUUGUAAACGGAAAAAAAAAAUUGUUUUUGUUAAUUUCUAGUUUAAGCAAAAAUACUUCCUCGUACACAUUAUAUAGGUCUUAAUUUUGUUUAUGACGCCGUCAGAAUUAGUUAGGCGACUCUGCUUAUAUGUAUUGGUUCCAAAAUUGCUUCUUUUCUGCGCAAGAAACCUUACCAAUCUCCAAAUCUUCUGAACAGCCACGGAUAAAUCACAUGUUUCCCGCUUGCCAUUAGUCAAAAACAUUUUCAUAUCAAUAGGAGCGUUUUGUGUAUAAUUUAUGUGUCAUUUUCCAAACGAAUCAAAUCGGCCUUCAUAAUGGACUAUGAAUAGAAAAUAUCUGCAUUUUUUGUUUCGAUCUAGUUAAAAAUCUUUUACAAAUGUAAUUUUUAUUUACAAUAUAUUAUAUGAUUAAACAUAUUGAUGGGUUU